GAGACUUCACGUCAGCAAGCUGCGCGGGAAGUUUGUACAGUGCGGAAAGGCGCAACAAAACAAACGACAGCGGUUCGGCUCUUCUCACCGUAUAACUUAGUCCUUAGUAUUCAGCUGUUUUUGGGAAACGUUUUUCUACACCAUGUCUCAACAGCAAGGCUAUUCACCCAGUUUCAAGCGCCCAGCGGAAAUAAUGCGAAUGAGGAGGAAAAGAACUCGCAGCGACGCCAGUGUCUUCGCCAGCCCUAACGGCCCCGGACAAAGCGACUCUCCGCGGGCGUGUGUCCGGCCCUUCUCCCCGGGACCCCUUUUCAACAACCAAAACCGCCCCGGAGGAGGGACGAAGCGCAGAAACCCCUUCGCCAACAUCGAGAAUACCUUCAGCCCCAAGAAGAAGUUUCUCAUUUACAACGACGACGGAAGUGCGGAAGCUGCGGACAGUUCAAGUAGAAGGAGCGAAGAGGAGGGAGAGGAGGAGGAGGACAGGUCAGCGGCAAAAGAGCGCCACGGGGGGGCAACGGUAGCCUUCAGGGACCGGUUGGCCCAGGCGGAACUACAGGAGCACCAAGACAUCAACAGCAGGAAGUGUCUCACUUUCUCUGAGGACGACUCUCUCUUUGAAGAAGAAGAAGAAGCAGCGGAUGUCGGCAGCCCACUGCUGAAGAGUCCGCAGGCCAUUGCUCCGGCCUCCAUAGCGCCCCCCGUGUGCACAGAGUAUCCAGCGGACUGGAGCCUGAAGACCCGCCUCCUCUUCACCUCCCCGCUGACCCUGUCGUGGGCUGAGCAGCCCAAAGCCCAGGAGGAGGCUUCAGGGCUCAGUCGUCACUGCAGAGCUCAGUUCAGCACUCUGCCUCACAGCCUGCAGGAUCCCAGGUCUUGCUCUGAGCUCCGACAGGCCUUCCAGCAGAGUCUGGUGUACUGGCAACACCCCUCCCUGCCCUGGAUCACCCUGUUUCCCAGGAUCAACGCAGAGAGAAGCUUCGCUGGGAGGAGCGCCCCGUGGGCACAAGACCGAGUCCUGCAGCAGAAUCUCAUGAGUGAAUGGUCGGUCAGCCUGUCGUCUCUCUACAGUCUAUUGAAGGCCAGACUGUGUCCUUACUUCUACCUCUGCUCUUAUCAAUUUACAGUGCUAUUCAGGGCAGCUGGUCUCGGGGGCUCCAGUAGCAUCACUGCCUCCAUUUCUCCUACAACACGGGGUCUCAGAGAGGCAAUGAAGGCUGAGGGUAUCGAGUUCAGUCUCCCUCUAGUGGAGGAGAGGAGGCGGAGCAGGGAGCAGCAGAACCUGACCGUGCAGCAGGGAGAUGAGGAAGAGCAGGAGUGUUCUGAGCUAAAAGAGGGUAAGGAGACUCAGACAGGGGACGAAGGAGAGAAUGACGACGAAGACGGCAGCUUUUCCUGGCUCAAGGAGAUGGGCGUCCAGGACAAAAUUAAGAAGCCUGACAGCAUCACCAUACAACUCCGUAAGGAAGGGCAGACCGUGGCUCUGGACCACAAGCCGGAGUCCAUGGUGUGUGUGGAGGGGCCGCACACCUUUACCCUCAUCAACUUCCUCAUCAACUGUAAGAGCCUGGUGGCUGCGACGGGUUCCCAGGCGGGGCUACCCCCAACACUGCUAGCCCCCAGGGCAUUCAGAGGAGCCACAAUGCAGACGCUCAAGGCCCGCAGUGUAAACGUGAAGAGCCAGGUUGGUUCCACCUACCAGAACAUCAGCAGUCUGGAGAUAACAGGACCCAUCCUCCCCUCCUCCCUCCACAAUGUUACCACCCUCCUUCGGCCUGCGCAGAAAGGGAACUUCUCAGCUGCUCUUUACACUCACACACCAACCGCUGUCAUGAACACACACAUCAUUAAGCCACAGUGUGCCGGUGGCUCGGUGGACCUGUCCGACUGUGGCCUCCAUCCUUUCUCCAUCCAGCAGCUUAAGCAGCCUUCCAGCCUGGGCAAGACGGCCCUGACUCACAUCAACAUGAGCAAUUACAGCUAUAUAUGGAAGAACUGACUGAGAAGAGGUGUUUUCCGCCACCUCUCUAACAAAUACAUGUUUUGUUCUGCUUCGGGUAAUGGUAAGGGUGGCCAAAUGUUUUAAAAACGCAAAAGAAGCUGCUAAGGGGACACAUGAGUCUAAACCAAUAUUAAACUGAGGGUGUCUUCAUAUUCUUCAGAAUUUGUUUUUAAUCGUGAAAUGGAUAUAGAUGAUGUGUAAAUUUGUUUCUGUUUUGUCAAAUUAAAGUACUGGGGCACUGUUACAUCCUGAGAAUGAAACACUAAGAUAUAAAUACAUUAUCUAUAAUUUAAGGGUUGAUGAAUUCCAUAUCAGGAUUCUACGGUAAUGACAGUGUUCUAGGUAGUUUUACAUUUUCACUGGGUUAAGAAUGACUUUGGGGACCGUAGUGAACUUCCUCACUUUUGAAAUCACAUUUGAUUGACCUGGAGUUCUCGAGGUAACUUCAGUCCAACAGUAUGUUCACUUAUCUAUAGAUCGUCAUGGUAACUCGAACACAUAUUGUCGAGACUGCAGAUAAACUUCUAUAGAAGCACCCUUUUCUGACCAAUCAGAGCUUAGUUAUAUAAUACAAUAACAUAAAGACGUCAUACUCCUGACUAAAAGCAACACAGCUAAAACAUGUGCGCAUAAAACUCAGCUGCCGCUAAAUUGUUAGGACUUUAGAGCAAAUACGAAUUUUAUACAUAUUUUUAAUUUGGCCCCAAGUCUGUUUCACACCACCAAUUGCAAUUGCAGUUGAAAUAUUAUGAAUACACCAAAACAUGUUAACAUGUCAAUUGGAUAGAAUACACACUAAUGUGCUGUACUUGUAUCUCUUGUAGUCUUUAGGCCACUCAAAGUGCUUUAACACUACAUGUCAUCAUUCAGUGUGCAUGCUAUACUUCUAACUGAGAAAUACCAUGGCACACUGCUUUGCAGAAAUGGUAACACUUUAUAAAUGGGCUUAGUGUGACUGCAUUUUACCUCUGUCUUCCUCAGGAAGUCUCAGCUCACAGAUAUACCCAGGAUGCUUUUAUAUUACAAUCACCUUGGCUCUGGAUAAUUGAAACAGGUUAAAUUAUUCAAUCCCAUAACCGCAUGCAUUUACAGAUACGGAACUUUACACUCUCUCAUUAUUGCCCUUAUGCCUAUGUGUAUAACACAUUCAUAUCUAGUGCAAUCUUAAACAAUAGUUGUAGGUUUUGUGUUGAUUUGAAGGUCAUCUUCUAAACUGCUUAUUACGACUGGUAAAUGUGGGUGAGUGAGGAGCAUGGUUGUCGUCCAAUCAGAGCAUUGGGCUUCGACCCCAGGCCCUGCUAACCCGCAUGUCAAUGGGCAUGUCACAAUUCAUUGGGCUGCAUCCUUUAGGACGCAUUCUUCGACCCCAUACGCUACUGCGGCUGUAACUCGGCUGUCCCAUUCAGUGGUGCCAAUUUGGCAACUCUGCACAGUAUCUUGGUACGCUUAUUUUUUUUCCAUACAGCACCUACUUUGUAAAAGUGACUCAAAUGCUAAACAUUAGGUUGCUUGUUCAAUAAAAUAGCAUAUCUACUGUAUUAGCUUGUAUAUAAUUUUUGAUCAGUUUGGUAGCAUGUUCGCCAUCUGCUUAAAACUAUUAAUUGUUCAGAAAAUGUUCAAUAAUGUGUAAUUGUUCAAUAAUUCAAUAUGUUGUGUUUGAAUAUAUCUGAUCAUAAAAAAUAUGUUGUGUUUAUAUUUCUUGAACGAAUAUAAUAUGUGAUUCUGUACAAACAAAUCUAAACAAAUGAAGAAUCAUAUUUUUUUGACGAGAAGAACAGUCAAUGCGAGUAAUGUUUAUUGUGUUUUCUCUACAAUGACCAUUACUAUACGUUAUUACGUAAUGGCGACAUCACACAAUGACAUCACGCCAUUUGGAAACCAAUCGACUUGCUUCCAGCAACAUCCCCUUUAUUGGCAACACUGGUCCCAUUCCGUCGGCUCCUCCGAACGUCAUCGAGGGACGCAGCCCUCCAGACGCCCAUUUGGAGGACACAUUGAUCUAAUGCAGUGCGAUUUAAAUCUAUUCAGGACGGAGACAGGUGAUCCGACAGUGGGGGGUUAAGUUUAAAUAACAAUUCCCUUUCUCUUCGUCACACAUUGACAAACAUUGCUGAAAAUCCUCAAAACCCAUCACCUAAUCAUUGCAACGCAC